AUGGCGGCAGCGCUGCCCGUCAGGGCAUCUGUGCCCGCGGCAGGACAAGCAGUGAAGCAGCACGCGACGUGGAGCCCGUAUGACGACAACGGCGGCACCGUGGUGGCGGUGGCGGGCGACGACUACUGCGUCGUCGCUGCCAGCACCCGCAUGUCCACAGGCUACUCCAUCCUGACGCGCAACAAGUCCAAAAUCCUGCAGCUGAACCCCAAGUGCGUGAUCGCCAGCGCGGGCAUGCAGGCGGACCAGGAGACGCUGCACAAGGUGCUGCACAGCCGGCACGUGACGUACCAGUUCAACCACCGCAAGCCCAUGGCCUGCCCCGCCAUGGCCCAGCUGCUCUCCAACACCCUCUACUACAAGCGCUUCUUCCCGUACUACACCUUCAACCUGUGCGCGGGCCUGGACGACGAGGGCCGCGGCGCCGUGUACACGUAUGAUGCCAUCGGCUCGUAUGAGCGUGUGGGCUACGGCUGCCAGGGCAACGGCAAGGAGCUGGUGCAGCCGGUGCUGGACAACCAGCUCAAGGCGGCAUCCCCGCUGGCGCUGCCGCCGCAGCAAUGGCUGAGCUCGCUGCCGCUGGAGCAGGCGGUAGACCUGGUGAAGGGCGCGUUUGUGUCGGCGGGGGAGCGUGACAUCUACACAGGCGACGACGUGGAGAUCCUGAUCAUCACCAAGGACUGCAUCAAGACCGACCGCCUGGAGCUGAAGCGCGACUGA